GUCGUAGCAGUCGCUCGUCUCUCCUGCUGCUCUGCUCUGUGUGAGUCUGCAGGGUUAAAGCUCUCUGUGAGGAAUUCAACAGGAGCUGCAGACGGAAAGAAAGAUCUGACUUCUUUCUUCAACCCAGGAGGUGCAAGCCCUGUAGUCUGAGGCCUCACCUGCCCUCCCUCAUCCUCCCCCCGCCGUCUCCUGUCUGAUCCCUGCACCUGUUCUGACUCGUCGUCAGCCAGGUGAGGGGGGAUCCUCUGGCCUUGCGCUGUUUUUGCAGCUGACCGUAGCUGUGGGGCAAUUAGGAAACCAGUCCAUUCAUUUGACUGGAUUGCUGCUUUGCUCUGUAUCUCUCUUUCUUUCUCUCUCUCUCGCUCUCUCUCUCUCUCUCUCUCUCUCUCUCUCUCUCUCUGUAUAACCCACCUCCCUGCAUAUCCCUACCCCCCUCCCACUCCAUCUCAGUCUAGCCCAGUCUGGUUGACAUUGUGUCUGUGUGAGGAGCUGCAGAAGUUUCCCUGCUGGAAUAAAAAGUGUGGAUCACAUUGCGAAGGACACAGGGGAAGGAAAGGUUGAGAAGGAAUUCUUCUGCUGGACGAGGUUGGAUUGAGGCGACUGAGAUUGAAUCGAAAAAAACUCCAAACCAAAGGAUUGUGCAUUUGGAAGAGCAGCAGGUAUGAAAAGCCAGACUGUGGUUGUGUCGGUGGCUCUGCUGGCCCUGUGCUGCCUGCUGAUCCCCAGAGGAGGGGAGAGUGCUGGGGGGAUCGUUUCUCUGCGGCAGGCUGAAGCAGAGAAGCAGGCUGGGGAUCAGCUGCAAGAUGAGCCCCUGGAAGACCCAGAGAGUGAGCAAGUACUCGCAGGGGACCUUCACCCACUGGGGAGCAGCAAAAGGGGAAAGAGAGACACAGAGGAGGCUGCACAGGCAGGUAUUUCUGGCAGGGUGAGGAGAGAGCCAGAAGAAGGUAAAAAGAAGAAGAAGGACAAGAAGAAGAAAAAAGAGCCGAAGGACCCCAACGCCACCAGAAAGCCCAAAACUGACAAGAAGGGAAAGAAGAAGGACAAAAAAAAAACAACAACAACUGAACCACCCACCACAACAGUGAUCCCUACUGAACCGCCCACUGAACCGUACACUGACUACGUCUAUCCUGAUGUUGACAAUGAAUACUGGAAACCAGAAGAUGACUACUGGGAUGCCGAUCCCACACCAGUCGGGCCUGAGCCUGAGGCUCCAGAAACAGAUUUUCCUUAUGAUGACUAUAAGCCGGAGGAAGAAGACCUGGCUGCUCCAUUAACAGAUCUUCCAUACGAUGACUAUAAGCCGGAGGAGGAAGACCCGGCUGCUCCAGUGACAGACGUCUACGAUGACUACUGGAAACCCGAGGAGGAAGAGCCGUCCACUGGGGCGCCUAAUGCUUACGAUGACUACUGGACCCCAGACGAUAAAGAACCAUACGUUCCUGUGACUGAUAAUUACGACACCUAUUGGAAAGAGGACCCAACGCCCCCCACCCCAGAGGUGGAUGGGAAAACUGAUGACUCCGACUACUGGGACAAAAAUUAUGAGGUGCCGGAGAAUCUUCCAUUCCCUGAUGGUAAAGAGGUCAGCCCUGAAAUCGAAGAAGAAAUUAUAGAGGAGCCCACAGCCACUCCUCCCGAUGAGGGGACAUGGUAUGAUGAUUACGACGAAUACGGAAAUAGCAGGAAAGGAGCAGAGACUGAUGACAAAUGGAUGGAGAAGGAGAAAGAAAGAGCGGCAAAAGAAAGAGCAAGGGAAGAGAAAGAGAGAGCGGAGAAACUGAAGGAGGCCGAGGAGCGAGCCAGGAACAGACCCCGCGUCUUCAAAGAGCCAAAGAAGUGCCCUCCCCUGGGGAUGGAGUCCCACAGGGUCGAGUCGGACCAGCUCACAGCCUCCUCCAUGUCUCAGUAUAUCUUUGCACCUCAGAGGGCGCGACUCAACAUGCAGGGCUCAGAUGAUGAAGACGACAUGAGAGGAGGAGCGUGGUGUGCAAACCAGGAGGAUAAGAUCCACUGGUUUGAGAUUGAUGCUCGCAGAGAGACGGAGUUCACGGGAGUCAUAACCCAAGGACGAGACUCUAUGAACGCGAGUGACUACGUGUUGUCCUACUUCCUGGCUUUCAGCAAUGACAGCAGAGAGUGGACCACCAUCCAUGAUGGGUACACUGACUGGUUGUUUUUUGGAAACAGUGAUAAAGACACUCCGGUGAUGAAUCAGCUGGCAGAGCCUGUGCUGGCUCGCUACAUCAGAAUCAUCCCUCAGAGCUGGAACGGCUCCCUCUGCAUGAGGCUGGAGGUCCUCGGCUGCCCACGGCCCGAUCCAGUGGAUGUUCAGUACAGGCAGAAUGAAGUGACUCCAGUGGAUUACCUACAGUUCAGACAUCACAGCUACUCAGAGAUGGUUGAAGUCAUGAAGUCGGUGAAUUCAGAGUGUCCCAACAUCACCAGCGUCUACAGCCUGGGCCGCAGCUCCAAGGGACUCGAUAUCAUGGCCAUCAUCAUCUCCAGCAACCCCACAGAGCACGAAAUAGGUGAGCCAGAGCUGCGCUUCACGGCCGGUCUUCACGGAAACGAGGCAGUGGGCCGGGAGAUGCUGCUGCUCCUCAUGCAGUACCUGUGCAAAGAGUACAAAGACAGAAACCCCAGAGUGCAGCGUCUGGUGGAGGGAAUACGCAUCCACCUGGUGCCCUCGCUCAACCCCGACGGACACAUGGAAGCUUUUGAAGCGGGAUCAGAGCUGAGUGGAUGGACCACGGGACAUUUCACUGAUGACGGCUUUGACAUCUUCCAGAACUUCCCCGAACUUAAUAGUAUCCUGUGGGAUGCUGAUGAUAAGGGACUUGUGCCAAAACUCACUCCCAAUCACCACGUGCCCAUACCCGACAACUACGAGACCAACAGCUCGUUUGCUGUGGAAACCAAAGCGGUAAUCUCCUGGAUGAAUAGCUAUCCAUUUGUGUUAGGUGCAAACUUCCAGGGUGGGGAGUCAAUUGUAGCCUACCCUUAUGACAGCUUACGUCUCAACAAGCCUGCAGAGAGCCAGAAACCCCACAGCCGCAAGAAGAGACAGUAUGAAGAGGAAGGUUUUGAUGGGACAGAGUGGGGAAGGGGCUACCACACAGAGCCGGAGGAAGACAGGGGAUCAAGAGGACAUUCAGAGCCAGAAGAGGAGGAGAGGGGAUACGACCACAACCAAGGUUACGAACAUGGCUACGAUCAAAACCAAGGAUAUGACCGUGGGUAUGAACACAACCAGGGAUACGACCGUGGAUACGACCGUGCAUAUGACCGUGGAUAUGACCGUGGAUACGACCGAAACCAAGGAUACGAACAUGGCUACGACCAAAACCAAGGUUACGACCGAAACCAAGGUUACGACCAAAACCAAGGUUACGACCAAAACCAAGGUUACGAACAAAACCAAGGUUACGAACAAAACCAAGGUUAUGAGAGAAGAGAGGAGGAAGAGGAUGAUCGUGGAAGAGGUGCCGGUAACCAGUACGGGGAGCCUGAAGAUGAGCCUCGGAUGAUCCCAGACGAGUCCCUCUUCAGGUGGCUGGCUGUGUCCUACGCCUCCACUCACCUGACCAUGACGCACAACUACCAGGGCUCCUGCCACGGAGACAACGCCGCGGGGACGCACGGCAUCGUCAACCGGGCCAAAUGGAAGCCAAUCAAAGGAAGUAUGAAUGAUUUCAGCUACCUGCACACCAAUUGCUUUGAGCUUUCUAUAUUCCUGGGAUGUGAUAAGUUCCCUCAUCAGAAUGAGUUGGUGUAUGAGUGGGAGAAGAACAGAGAAGCAAUGCUCAUCUUCAUGGAGCAGGUGCACCGUGGUAUCCGAGGCAUUGUGAAGGAUCAGCAGGGGAACCCCAUUUCGAACGCCACUGUGUCUGUAGAGGGAGUAAACCAUGAUGUCACGACAGCCCAAACAGGGGAUUACUGGCGGCUGCUCAACCCGGGGGAGUACCACGUGACGGCUCGAGCUGAGGGAUACUCCCCUGUGACUAAUCUCUGUGUGGUGGGGUAUCAGUCAGGGGCAACCGCCUGCAGCUUCAACCUGGCCAAGUCCAACUGGGACCGCAUCAAACAGAUCAUGGCCCUCAAUGGCAACAAGCCCAUUCGACUCAGCUAUGGCAACAACAAAGUGCAGUCACCGGCAGUUGGGAGUGGCAACAGACGUUUUGUAAACGGCAACAAUGGGGUUACAGCGAACUCGGGAGUCAUCGCCGAGCGGCAGAGGAGGCUCAAGAUAGCUCGCAUCCGUCGCCUUCGUCAACAGAGAUUACUGAAGUUAAGACCAAUGACGACGUUACCCCCGACAACAACCACAAUUCCCACAACGCCAGAGACAACCACUUUCUGGUACGACUCCUGGACCGUAGGGGAGGGACAGUCCUCCACGCUUGGCGGAUUCACAGACUCCAUCCUGGACUAUAACUAUGAAUACAAGAUCGAUGACUAUUAAUAUUAAUAUUACACACACACUUCAGUAAAUAUGCAUCUUUCCUCUCCUUCAAGUAGUUCUAAUUGCCAUGUUGUACUUUGAGCAGGAUGAUAAGGAAUCAAUGAGGAAUCCUGUCUUUGUGACAGACAAGCAAUGGGAAGGCACAGAAUAUUAACUAGUAAUUGUAUAAAGAUAGUGUAUCUAUAACAGAACGCCUCUUCACAGAUAUUGUUAUAGCAUUUUCAUUUUCAGUUCACACUGCAUUGUUCUAACUUGUUACUCAGUCUUUUUGCUUCAUGAAAAGAUGUUUAUUGUAGAUGCACAUUAAAAAAAAGUCUUGUUUUUUUUACUUCAGAGUUAUUUACACAUAUUUUUACAGUAUGAACAGUCACAAAAGGGUUCAAAGAGCUUACAGCGAUUCAGAGGAGGGAAAGGGUCUUUUGUCAUGUUGGCUCAGACGCAGCAAUAAAGUAGUUAUUUUUCAAAUAAAGGUUUGUUACUGUAAUA